GUGAUAUAUGUUUACAACCGCACCGGCGAUCAACUAACUGUCAGCUGCCUCGCUCUCAGAAACAUAUUGCAUUGAUGAACGCCGACCUAAACAGUUCAACGCCUCUACUUCCACAAAUUUUCUUAGUUUUUUGUGUAAAGACUUGUCAAAAUGCCAGGCAGGAUUUGUAUCAUCACUAGCAUUGCAGUGUUAUUGAUAAUACCUUCAGUGGUCCUUGGUUGCGGGUUUCACCCCAAUCUCUGGUGCAGCUCACCAGAAAUUUCAGAACAAUGUGGGGUUCAGAAGCAAUGUUUGUUAUGGCAGUCUGAACAGAAGGCCGCUGACGCUCCCCUCGUGCGUUACGAGCUUUAUUUUGAGUCCCUUUGCCCUGGCUGCCGUCAACUCCUCACCACCGAGCUUUACCCAGCAUGGCAGAAAGUUAAAAGCAUCGUCAAUGUCACUUUGGUACCCUAUGGAAAUGCCAUAGAGCUUGAAGUUGCAGGUAAAUGGCAGUACACAUGCCAGCACGGACCUCAGGAAUGUGUCGGAAACCUCGUCGAGACCUGUGCUCUGUCGAUUCUGCCCUUUGACAAGGCGUUCCCUUUCAUCUACUGCCUGGAAACUAACAAUCCUGCAACUGCCGGAAGCCAGUGUGCCAAAGAAUUGGGCCUCCUCUCUGAAUAUCCAUCCAUUCAGAACUGCAGUGAAGGAUCUAUGGGAAACGCCCUAGAGCAUUCCAUGGCCCUUAAGACAGAGGCCUUGAAUCCCCCACACGAGUAUGUACCAUGGGUUGUACUCAAUGGAGCUCACACCAAUGCAAUCCAAAACCAAGCAGAAACGGAUUCACUUGGACUCAUCUGCCAGGCAUAUACAGGCGUGAAACCAGCCGGUUGCACCCAGGAGGGCCGAAUGAGAAGUCCUCGAGACUAGAUCAUGAUCUUCCAUAGCUCAUUUCUGCACAUCCUCAGGCUUCAGAGAGAAUUUCAAUGUCAUUCAUGGAAAUCAUGAAAAUGGCUCCAAUCCUGCAUGAAUUUUGUGUGUUAAUUAGGCCGAUAACUUGCUGUGACAUCUGUGUCCUGUGGGCUUGUGCACCAAUCAAGCUAUUUUUGUUUAAUAUAGUUUCAGCCAGUGGCGGAUCCAGCAGGCGGG